CAGCGAUUGAUAAGACACCCACACCCACACCAACAAACACACACACACACACACGCUAGUCUACAGCGGCCCUCACAACACCAUCAUUAUGAUCUCAGCUGGAAUAUAAAUCUGACACUCGCGUCUCCACCCUGUCGCCCUGCAAACCACCGCACCCCACCCAAUGAACCGAUCAACCGAAUCAAUCAAUCAAUCUCCCGCAUUCUCUCUCUCUUCCUCUCUGUCUGUCUCACCACAAUGCGUGACACAAACUGCUCGGGCACUGGCAGCUCCACCUACACACACACGCACACACACACACGGCCAACCAACCCACCUCAAUCAAGCACAAGUAAGUGCAUGCCCAUCCUGUGGGGGUGUGGGUUCUCUCAUCUGUUCACUGACCAGGUCUAGGUCGUCAUGUCCCUCUUUGGGGAAGGACACGGUCAUUUCGCUGCUCUUGGAACUCACAAUCUCCACAGCCUUGGACGCACGGGACAUGUACAGCUGGCCACACCAAACAAACCCAUGAUGGACGGACGUCAGCCAUGCAGACAGACACGUGACUCGCGAGCCAAGAUUGGAUUGGAUUGGAGGGAGGCUUACAUGGACGCCGGUGCAUUUGUCGAUGGCAACCGAGGGAACCCUGGCAGGCAGACAGACAAAGAGAAAGACAGACAGACAGACAGAGAGGCAAGGAGGCCGUGUGUGCGCAGUGUGCGUGGAGAUGUGAGUGAGUGUGUCUGUCUGUGUCGGUGGUACCUACCUGCCCAUGACUUGUAUGUUGACAUUUUCUGAGUUGACCACCUCCGCCACGGAGAUGGCAUCCUGACACACACACACACACACAGCUCACAGUUCCGUCCGAUACGCAUUAACACCCGCACGCCACGCCAGGCGCCCAUGCCCACCUGUAUGACGACGCUAGUGCGUUUGCACCGAUCUGCAAACGCACGGACAACACGAUUCCCGUACGCCAUCAGAACAGCCAGCCCUCCUGCCAGGUGUCUGUCUGCCUGUCUUGCCUACCGAUUGAGAUGCUCUUGACCUUGCCCUUGACCUGCACACACACCACACACAUAUAAACACACGCACACGCAGAAGUGGUCUUCUCCACUGCCCAUUGCCCAUUGCCAGCCGGUCGGUCGUGUGUGUGCCCACCUGUAUGGUGCUCUUGUGACAGUUUGCGAUGUAGACGGACUGCUUCAUGGUCGCCUCAUCCAACACAAACACGCCGGGGAAGUCAAUGUAAUUCUCCUGCACAGGGAACAAACAAAGAAACGCGGAGGAUACUGCUACUAGCAGAAGAGACGGCGUGGUGGUGUGUGUCCUGCUGACCACGAUCCAGUUCUCACGCUCGAUCUCACACCGUGUAGGCUUGAUAGGCCUGGCAUCCGCCUUGCCGCCAUUGGCCGCUGGUAGACAGAUGGAACAGAACGCUCACACUUACUAGUUCGUCACGCACCCCCAGUGCCAUCCUCCUCCUCCUCCUCUCUGGCUGACCUGUCUGUCCGACAUCCUUUGCCUCCUUGGCCGGCACCACAGCCUUCCUGUCAGUGCGGUUCUUGGUCUUCAUGUCAUCAGUCACGUGGCGCAAACCUGACACACAUACAAACACCCGAACCAGCCUCUCUUUCUUUCUCUCGUCCCGCCUUCGCCCACCAGUGGUGCUGAAGGUCUUGAGCUCUCCCAGGACAGCUGUCAGACCACCACCACCACCACCACCUCCGGGAGCCUUGGGCUGCUCCACAGGCACUAUCUUGGGCGGCGUCUGCCUGGGUGGUGGGGGGCGGGGCGGGGCGGCCUUGCCGGGCCUCGCUGGGGGGGCAGUGGAGGGAGCCAGGGAUGGUGCUGGUGUAGGUGGUGGGACGGCCACGCCCCCUGUCGGCUUGGCUUUGUCGAGGGGGUGGUUCUGGAAGUAGCGGACGGGGUCGCUGCCCUGGGGGUUCCACGUCAGACCUGACGGAUGGAAGGAGCAGAAACGAUCUGGCGAAGUGGGUGGGGUUUGGUCGGGUCGGCUGGUGGGUUGAUGUGGGUGUGGCUGGGCUAGAUACCCAUGUAGGUACCUACCUGUUUUGUAAUAUUCGCUGAGGAAUGCCUUGAGUGCAUUGAGGCCGCCCUUGACGCCCUUGACCCACGAUGACUGGGCAUCCUGCCUGAGCAGAUGAGAACGAAUAAAUAGCAGUGACCGAAGGAAUGCAAUACGUCUGUUGUGGAUGUGUGGUGGUUUACUUGAGCUUGAGCACUUUAUUGCCGUGGAAGUCUGCAGUCUCGAUGCACAUCUGCACGUGAUCGCCGGGGGCCUGCACGACAGUCAUAACAGCACAAGCAAACAAAGACGAUGACCAUCCAGUGGCCCCCCGCCAUCUGCAUCUGUGCUGCUGUGCCGUUUGUUGGUGCGUACCGGUGUCCAUAUGCAGGUGAAGACGUUGAAUGCCUCAGCGACAAACUUCUGGUGGGGGAAGUAGUCGCUGCGGUUGUCACACCGAGAGGCCAGAUCCUUGCCCACACCUGACAAUUAUGCGUCAAAUAAAGAGAUUGUGUCUGGUCUGGAUGUGGUGCCGUGCCCAUUUUGUGUGUCCAUCUCUUCUCUCACUGAUGAAAGGCUGGAAGAUGCCCUGAAUUUCAUCGUCUUUGGGCUUGCGGCAGACGAGGGCGCCCUCGAACACAGCACCAAGAUACCCAAACCCUCGCACCAACGCGGCGGUCUGCCCACAAACACAACGCAACAAACCAGACCAAACACACCUCCCGCGCAAGUGUCCUCUGCUCCCCUCCUGUGGCUACUCACCCCCUCCUUGACGUCCUUGAUGCCCGUGGCCUCUGCCAGCGCCCCCAGCAGCAAUAUGCUCUCCUCCACCAUCUGUCGGUAUGCCGCCACCUUCCUGUCGGUGUAGCCCUGUCGGCCGGCCGUGGGGCCGGCCGGAGGGGAGAGGGCGGCGAGGGCGGGUGAGGGUGAGGGCGUGGCGGGGUCUGGGGAGGCCGAGAGUGCGGGUGAAGCUUCAGGGAUGAUGGCCUGGAAGGACAGCCCGUUGUCGUUGUCCUUGUCAGGUGGGCACAUCUGGAAGUAGAGGAGGGGGUCCAUGCCGGUCUUGUUCCAAGACACACCUGACACAUACCGAUGCCCAUACACCCAUGUACGGCGAGACGACCAACACAAGGGGAUGCACGCCCAAAAAGUGUAUGCGACCGCACCUGUCUUGAAGUGCGCAAUGGCCCAUUUCUUGAGAUCCAGAAGCACGCCUUCCACGGCCUUCACCCACGCCGUCUGUGUGGGGUCUCUGAUGACACAGGCAUCAGUGACACACACACGAUGACAGGCCUCCCCUCGACGUGUGCUGUGCGGUCUCACUCACUUGAGCUUCAGGAUCUUGAUGCUGUGGAAGUUGGCCGCCUCGUAGAAGGUCUGGAUGUGCUCAGAGGGAUUCUAUCGUACCGUGGCACCCAACACACCACACCACACCACACCACACAGCAAUCAAUAUGCACACGUGACUGAAGUAGAUCUGCUCCUGACAUACCGGUGACCACACGAAGGACAGUGCACUGAGGGCCUCGCCGACGACCUUCUGGUGCAGGUCCAGGGGGCCGUGUUCGAACGCCUUCACCUCACGGGCAGCUUCUGACACCCAUCACACGCAUGGCAUGGCAUGGUAGCCACGCAGCCAAGGGAGAUCGAUCAGUGUCGUGUGCAUACCGAUGAAUGGUGCGAAGAUGAUGCCCUUCUUGUCUUCGGGGUCGUGGCACGUCGCCACACCCACCAGCAGGGCGCGCAGCAUGGCGAUAUGCCGGCAGUAAAUGUCACUCUGCACACCCACCACAACACCACCACAAUGCAACACUCGUCUGCCUCACCCACACUGCACUCAACUCACCAGUUUGCUCAGUUGGUCGCCCACGGCGCUGGCCUUGCCCUCGAUGUCGGGCAGCCACCGCCCCUUGAGCUCGUCAAACUCCUUGACGAAAUCCGGCAGCUCACCCGUGGCCGACGGCCGGUGAUGCACAGACGGCAAAGGCGAGGGCGCCAUCGAUGUCGUGAGGAUCCCCGCACUCUGGCCGGGCGCACGUGACUCACUCACCGUCGCUGCUGCGUUUGACUCGGCCCGCAGGAGGGCCGGGCUGGGUGCGUCCCGAACCACAGACUGCCAGAAGGGACACAAACAGAUCGGAUGAAUGGGUGAGGCCCGUCAUUGUGCUGUGUUUGUGGUGUGUGCGUGUGUGCGUUUCCGUACGUCUCUGUAUGCCUCGAGUGACCGGGCGAUGCCUUCGAGCCGCCCGACGACAUCCUGCAGGUCUUGCAACUGAGAUGUCUUCUCCGGCUCCAUCGUGCGCACAAACAAUCAGCUUGCUGGUCGCUGCUUCUCACAGGCGGUUGAGAGGCAGUUGACGGUCCGCUGCUGAAGCCUCAAGGGAGGAAUCCGAAAGGUGCCGAAAAAAAGAUGCCGUGACGAAGAGGCCGAUUUGACUACAGAUCUGCGGCGGAUCUGAGGCACUUAACACGGCCGCUGUUUCGGGGGGAAGCAAAGGCCGCUGCAC